UUCUAAUUUCAUUUCAGUCUUUCUUGACUGUAUAGAUAAUAGGCCUUUUGCCAUGUCUGGGCGUGGUAAGCAGGGAGGCAAAGCUCGCGCCAAGGCCAAGACCCGCUCUUCUCGGGCCGGGCUUCAGUUUCCCGUAGGCCGAGUGCAUCGCCUGCUCCGCAAAGGCAACUAUGCGGAGCGGGUCGGGGCUGGAGCGCCGGUGUACCUGGCGGCGGUGCUGGAGUACCUGACUGCCGAGAUCCUGGAGCUGGCUGGCAACGCGGCCCGCGACAACAAGAAGACUCGCAUCAUCCCGCGUCACCUCCAGCUGGCCAUCCGCAACGAUGAGGAGCUCAACAAGCUUCUGGGCAAAGUCACCAUCGCACAGGGUGGCGUCCUGCCCAACAUUCAGGCCGUGCUGCUGCCAAAGAAAACUGAGAGCCACCACAAGACUAAGUAAAGACCGAGUUGAAAAGCGCAUAAAAACAAAGGCUCUUUUCAGAGCCACUUCAACAAUCAUAAAAAGAUGACACGAGUCCGUUUUCAGCUGCUUCACCACUCCACAAUACGCUCAUGAUGUUUCGGUUUUAAUCUUUAACCUGUUUACGUUGCCUGAAUUUCAAGUUUGUUUGUUUUUUUUAAGUUCUUAGUGUAGAUAUUAACAAGGUACGUUUGCUAACACGUGUUUUCAGGGGUUUUACCUUGGUGGCCAGGCUGGUCUCUGACUCGACCUCAGGUAAUCCACCCGCCUAGGCCUCCCAAAGUGCUGGGAUUACAGGCGUGAGCCACUGCGCCAGGCCAGUUUGUGGUAUCUUGAAGGCAUUUUACUGGGACACAACUUUGACAAAAGUCAAAGCAUCUUACUGGGAGUUACAUAGUAGGUACUGGUGGGUUUUAUUUAUGAUUCUGGGAAACUCACUGGGCUGUAAGGAAUAUAGUAUAGUAUUCGGUUUUUAAUAUGCUUACUAGAAAAAGUAUAUGGAUUGCUACUAGACAGUAUGUUUCUCUACAAUUUCACAGUCUCUAGAUUGAAAACUGAGUGUAGAGUCCUCAGCCCUAUUUCCUGGCCUCUAGGAAAGGAGCUGCUCAAUGGGUAUAUUUAAACAAAACCAGACAGUUUUAUGUUUACCAAUGUAUACAUUGGUCAUGUUUUGUUUUCUAUUUUUAAUUUUUGCACUUACAAGAGUUUGGAAUAAAAAAGAAAAUUGGCCUUAGAAGUUUUCCAAUUAAGGGUCUUUCAAACAUACACAUGUUCUGCAGUGACCCAAUAAUUACAUGUAUUUAUGUUAGUGUACUGCUGAAAUCACAUGUUAAUAAUAGUUAACUUCAUUGUAUGUGUUCUGAUAUUUUUCUGUUUAAUUCUAUACGUAAUUAACCUUUUUGUACCUGGGUGUUAUGUUACAAAUGUAUCCUGUAAACACUUACAAUUAGUAAGUGAGUUAAAUACUUAGUAACUGCUGGAUAAGUAGAUGGCCAAGCAUAGUAGUCCAAGCUGGUGAUGUUCGAUGGUAAGGAUGGUUCUGAAUACUUAUUGAUUCCAAGAGCACUAGUGGGUGAAUACCCGCACUCAGAAAAAAAUAUCUCUUCUGAGAAAAGCCAAAGGCUAUUUUGAGAAUAGUGAGGUCAGUUCCUCAUGUUAUCCGUUUUUUGUUUUUUUUGUUUUUUUUUUUUUUU